GUUCUGCGUAUUUCAGUAUCAGCUACUUGAAGCCCCAUUUGAACAUGCCUGCUACGGGUAAACUUCGUGUUUUCAACAUAGUCGUCAAGACGCCGUCUGGGAACUUCAGGGUUCUCCAGGCUCUGGAAGACUCGUCUGUCCUCGACAUGGACUUGGACCCGAAGGACAAUAAGGAGAUACCGCAUCGUAUCAACUUGUUCUAUAACGACACCCUCAACAUCAGGGUGUGGGAAGAGGUCAUGGUGGACCAUAUCCUAACAGAUGUUCUGAUAGGUGUGCAGCCUCCUAACUAA